AUGGCGUUUGAUCUUGUUCGAAAACGUCUGACGAAAGAACUUAAACUACUAACAGAAAAUCCAACACCAGGGAUUCGAGUAGUAGAAGAUUUUUCUGAUCUACGAAAAAUUCGUAUUGAUAUUGAAGGUGCAUCAGGAACAUUAUAUGAUGGUGAAAAAUUUCAAUUACUAUUUAAAUUUUCUGAUCAAUAUCCAUUUGAUUCACCACAAGUUACUUUCAUUGGUUCUAACAUUCCUCUUCAUCCACAUAUUUAUUCAAACGGUCAUAUAUGUCUGUCAAUUUUAACAGAUGAUUGGUCACCAGCAUUGAGUAUCAAUGCUGUUUGUCUUAGUAUUUUAUCUAUGCUUUCAAGUUGCAAAGAUAAGAGUCGUCCACCUGAUAACGAUUGGUAUGUCCGUACAGCAUCUAAUGAUCCCAAAAAAACACGUUGGUGGUAUCAUGAUGAUGCUGUUUGA